UUCUAGCGCGAACCUAGUCCCCCGCCAAAAAUAAAAUUUUCCAUUGCUUUCUCACAAUUUCCGUUUAUUUCUUUAUUUUAAAUUUUGCCCGUUAAAAUUCCUGAUUUAAAACUGAUAUAUUUAGAAAAAAAAGGACAAAAUUAGAUCAGAGUUUUUCGAUCAUGUCGAAAUCGCUUCCUUAUUCUGUGAAAGAUGUUCACUAUGAUAAUGCCAAGUUCCGUCACCGAUCUUUCUUUAAGGUGAUCACUCAAACAUUGUUUACUAGUGAUAUGAAGCGUGAAUGUGUAAGUUGUAGUGCAGGGAAGUUUUUAGGAUUAUUUAUGAUAUUUGGCUUAGCAUGUCUAAUGUUGACUCAUGCAAGUAAAACACCUUCUGCUACUGAUGGACUAUCAAAAGGUCUUGAAACAAAUGAAGAACACAAGGUAGUUACUGAUGUUGGUGUAAGGUUUAAAAAGCUUUUGAGAAGAGCUCCAAGGCUUCCUCCUCGGUUAUCAGGGAAUGAAAAAGUUAGUUCCGGUAUAUUUACUGGUAAACCGAAUGAGCAUGAUGAAGAAAAAUGGAAAGCUAGACAACGAAAUGUAAAGGAGGCUUUUAUCCAUGCAUGGUCUGGCUAUAAAAAGUUUGCGAUGGGUUACGAUGAGCUUUUGCCACUGAGCAUGCAGGGAUUUGAUGGGCUAGGAGGUCUAGGUGCUACUGUUGUAGAUUCUCUUGAUACUGCCAUGAUAAUGGGUCUUGAGGAAGUUGUUUCUGAAGCGGGAUCAUGGAUUGAGUCAAAUCUUUUAGAGAGGAUUAGCCAGAAAGGGGAUGUCAAUUUAUUUGAAACCACAAUACGGGUCUUAGGUGGUCUGUUGAGUGCUUAUCAUUUGAGUGGGGGAGAUCAAGAUAUGAACUUAGCAAAUACGGGACCAAAACCUACCAUUUAUCUAGAGAUUGCAAAAAAUUUGGCUGAUCGUCUGCUAUCUGCUUUUACUUCUAGUCCAACUCCCAUUCCUUACAGUGAUGUUCUGCUAAAAAAUUCCUCAGCUCAUCCAGCCCAUAAUCUACUGAGUAGUACAUCAGAAGUUUCCACUUUACAGCUUGAGUUCAAUUACCUCAGUGCAAUUUCUGGUGAUCCGAAGUAUAAAACAGAAGGGAUGAAGGUUUUUGCGCAUUUCAAAACUCUUCCAAAGGUGGAAGGACUAGUUCCUAUCUACAUCAGUCCUCAUUCUGGUGAAUUUAUUGGACAAGAAAUUAGACUCGGAUCUCGAGGUGAUAGCUAUUAUGAGUACCUAAUCAAAGUGUGGCUUCAGCUAAGAUCUAUUCAAGACGGUAAUUUCACAUAUCUCUAUGAUAUGUAUGAGGAGGCAAUGAGGGGUGUUAGGCACUUGCUUGUUCAAAAAACGAUACCAAAUGAAUUAGUUUUUGUGGGGGAAUUGCCUGGGGGAUCCAAAGGUUCUUUCAGUCCAAAAAUGGAUCACCUGGUGUGUUUUUUGCCUGGUACCCUCGCACUUGGUGCCACUAAAGGCAUCACAAAGGAGAAAGCCAUGAAGGACAACCUUCUUACGAUUGAAGACUUUGAAAACUUGAAACUCGCAGAAGAUUUAGCCAAGACAUGUUUCGAGAUGUAUUCAGUAACUUCCACUGGUCUGGCUCCUGAAAUUGCAUACUUUCAUACUAAGGACUUUUAUGAAGAUGGUCUUGGUGGCGGAAAUCAGAGUUCAGAAUAUGUAAAUGACAUAAUAAUUAAGUUCAAUGAUCGUCACAAUUUGUUGCGUCCUGAAACUGUUGAAUCCUUGUUUGUACUGUAUCGUAUCACUCAAGAUCCAAAAUAUCGGGAAUGGGGUUGGCAGAUCUUUCAGUCAUUCGAGAAAUACACAAAGGUGGAUUCCGGUGGAUACACUUCUUUAAACGAUGUCACCACACUUCCUCCUCAAAGAAGAGAUAAGAUGGAGACCUUUUUCCUCGGUGAAACUCUGAAGUAUUUGUACUUACUCUUUGGGGAUAGCUCUGUUAUACCACUCGAUAAAUUUGUUUUUAACACGGAAGCUCACCCUUUCCCGAUUAAAGAUGCUAUCUAUUUAGAGGGAGGCAGUUACAUGAUGAAGGGAACCAUGUAAGAGCUUUAAUGUCUCUUGACAUGGCCACUGAAUACACUGGCCUUUGACAUGGUUUAGUAUAGUUUUUUCUUGUUCCAAAAGCAGUCCAUGCCUACUUGACCAGGUUCCCGGUUUAUCUAGGCUGUGGUUUAACUUACAUGUUGUUGAUCUACACUUAGACCGGCAUUUACGAGACCCACCUAAUCAUGACCUGAUUUUAACGCUUAUAUCUUCUGAUUGACAUUUUUUGAGGUUAUAUGUGGCUGGGGCCACCAAUAUAUCGAGUGAACUAUGAUCAUAGGUAAUUGACUUAGUGUAAUUGUAAUUUCGAGCCCCAAAUCAAUUG